GUAUCAGUACUGUCUUGGGGGCCGAAGAGGCGCUUGCCUCCCAAUAUUGCCCCUUGGUUCUCCACUAUAAAUGAAGCAUCGCAGCUAGCUUAGUAAACCACUUCAAGCUGAAUCUUAGAGUAACUGGUCGGAGAUCAAGGUAAGACAUCAACAUGAAUCCCGGUGGAAAUGCUCAUUUUGAAGUGCUUGUUGAGGACGACGAGCAGUUCAAGGAUUUGUUCAAACGCUAUGUAUUAGAAGAAGGGAAGCCUUGUGUAUCGUUCCGAGUCGGUUAUGAUGUAUCCAAGGAGACCUACGGUGGAAUCCGUGACCAUAUCAUCAUGAACAACAUCGCCACAGGGAGAGCGGACAGGAUAGGGAACCCAAGGCCCAUCGGAAACGAUUCCCCCCCAGAGGUCAUCACCUGCAGGAGGUUGUUUCAGGCCGAGGACGCUUUUGAAGAGUAUGGAACAAAUUGGAGACUGCGAAAUGAGGGAGAUCCUCCCGAACCGGACGAUACACCGGGGCAGUCUGACCGGGAAAGGAUUGAUGCCUUUGCUCGACAGAAUGGCAUCCUACACGAGGGGGAGGAUCUCGAGAUAUGAUGCACACUAGUUAGUAUGUAGUGCAUAAAUGUAUGUUUUUAUGUUUGAUUUGUGUUGAUAGAUGGUCUAUCUUUAUUACUUAGUUUAUAAUGUUAUUUUAGUUGUAAUCAUUAUGCUAAGGGGGCCAUGCCCCCAACCAAAAAAAAUUAUGAAGGCAUUUAGACAAUUCUUAAUCUAUAUAUUUGGACUAUUUGGUAGAUUUGUAAUUUUAGUCAUGCAUUUUUUUAUUGUCUCAAUAUUAGUCCCGUGCUUUACUCA